AUGGAGCGAUUGGUGGAGGUGGAGCAGGAGUACCCUGGAGGGGUGGAAUAUAUUUUUAGCCCUGCCUGUAUGCCCCUGUGGCAAUGCGCUGGUUGCUGUGGAGACGAGAACCUGGAGUGCCACCCCACCCUCACACGUAACGGCACCAUGCAGGUGGGGGUCACUUUGUGUCAGGAGGCCACAGAUUUCCUUGGGCUACCCUCUUCCAACCUAAAAUAGAUAUAUAUGUUCCUGUAAAACAUCCAAUGCCGGUCCAAACCUUUGAGUGCAUCGUCUUCUUCACCUCACCUCAAUGCAUGUGUUUGUGUUUUCCUCUGUGUGUUUGUGUGUGUGUCAGUUGAUGAGGACAACUCUGACUGAGCGGACAGGGCAGUAUGUGGAGCUGACGUUUGUAGAGCAUCAGACCUGUGAGUGCAGGUAA